GUCCACUCGAGUCCGAUUCGAAUCCCUCACCAAUGAAAUUCCAGACCGUCUAAUGAGAAGUUGGAUUGUUUUACUCGGCAACAUUAUCCACCAUGCUAUGACAGGUAUUUCAGGCGAAUAUUCUCUUGCUCCCCGCACUAGUGUGCUACGUCGGGUGGCGUCAAGGCUGGAUUUGAUUUUAACCUUAUCAGGAAGCUCGUUAUGAUGCAGAACAACCUUCAUAGGUAUAGCAAUGCGCUUUCUUCUAUAUCCGGAUACGAGAACAUUCGUAUUUCGGUUUUCGCAACAACCUUACAAUUUGACAACCAGUAAUAAAAUCUUGUCUGCUAUCUCCCAGGAGUUCCUCCUUGACACAUGUUCCUCACCUAAGAUGGCGAGGUUCUUCAUCCUGACCACUGUUUUUGUUGCGCGAUGCACGGCGCUUGGUUUACCAUUUGCUAUUCCUCGCGGGACGGGCCCGUACUACACUUCUAUCGUCAACGAGGAAUGGGUGGAUACUUCACGCCUUGAUCCUUUCAAUCAAACACACGCAAGGCGUCUCAUGAUAUCUAGAUUCGAUCCUAUUCUCCCUUCAGAAUGCGAGCGAAUGGUACAAAUACCUUAUAUGUCCAACACAACGGCCAUACUUGAAGAUGAAAUCCUGGGCUCUUACGAAUAUCCAAAAGGUCUCCGAUACUACCAUGAAGCUUGCGACGCAAUCCCCGAUGGGAACCAUUGGCCCAUUGUGAUAUCCAGCGGAGGUUACAAUACGACUCGCUUUUUGUCAAACUACUUCGCGCAAGAAAUCGCGAGUCACGGUUUCACGGUCAUAAAUCUGGAUCACCCAUACGAGACCGACAUUGUUGAAUUUCCAAACGGCGACAUCAUCAUCGGAGGCCGCGUUGAAAGGCCAAGUAAUGAAUCCACCGCGUCCGCCGAAUUCGGUUUAGAAGUCCGCGCAAAAGAUGCCUCCUUCGUACUGGACAGGCUCGGUGUAAAACCAGACGAAGACGUGGUGAUGUUCGGGUGCAGUUUUGGCGGUGCAGCGACUGCAACGGCGAUGCUAGGCGACAAGCGAAUCCGUGCGGGUGUCAAUAUCGACGGUACCAUGUUCGGACCUGUCUUGAACCGAUCACUAGGAACGCCAGAGCGUCCACAGGCGUUCAUGCUGUGGGGCAGUGAUCAGCAUGUUUCUCUCGGCGAUGUGUCUUGGGAUAGAUUCUGGGCUGCUUUGAGAAAUUCGCCCCACGUCGACUACAAGAAAGAGUUCACUAUUUCGAAUACGACUCAUUUGUCGUACUGGGAUCUGAGCGUGUUGGUGGAUGUGGCGGGUGUGCGAGGCAAUUUGAGUGAGACGGCAAGUUUGCUUGUUGGGCCUCCGCCUAGUACACGGAAUUGGAUAGACAUCCCUGGGAGAUACAUUACUGCCUUCUUCUCAUAUAUGUUGGGGCUAGAAUUGGAAGACGAUGUGCUGAAGGGCCCGAACGAUGAGUUUCCAGAGGUUAACUUGAUAAAAUAA